AUGCAACCACCACAUCAGCAUUCGCGGAUCAAUCUGGCCGAGUUGAAAGCUCAAAUUGUGAGGAAACUCGGGCUGGAAGGGUCCAAGCAGUAUUUUUAUUACUUGAAUAGGUUCUUGGGUUUGAAGUUGAGCAAGGUUGAAUUUAAUAAGAUUUGUCUUAGGCUUCUUGGGCGAGAGAAUAUCCCUCUGCAUAAUCUGUUCAUUCGUUCGAUUCUGAAAAAUGCUUGUAGUGCAAAGGUCCCACCACAGGUGAGUCAUGAGGAUGAAGUUCUGAAGCAUUCUACACAAGUUAGUGACAAGGAAAUUCCUAGCGAUGGUCAUCAGCUGUAUGGAUCCCAUGCUGCUAUAACUCAGGCUACGGGUUCGCCGGGUUUGUCGAAUGGGGGUGACAUGUUGUCAGUCUCACCUCGAAAGGCCCGGACAGUGUUUCGUGAUCGGAGGACUGGUGAGCGUCGUAGUGCACUUGGACUGAAUGGGAAGACCAGUAUUGCUUCUCAACAAUUGCCAGCCACGCAGUCUAGUGAUUUCAAUGUCAUUUAUGAGAAUGGGCACUUGGAUACAUCCGAUAUUGGAAAGCUAGUGCAUCAUCAAGGACUCAAGCAACACGAAGAGAAUGAAAGGGUGGUAUCAGGUCCCCACCCUGCAAAAUUGUCAGAAGUGAACAGAUCAUCAGAUGGUCCAAGUUCUGUACAUAGCAUGGAUCAGACCGAAUUGUUAGUUAGACAUAACACGAAAGAGGUUUCUGCUAGUAGUCCACUUCGAGCUCCACUUGGGAUUCCAUUAUGCCCAGUUAGCAUUGGUGGGGCACAAAGAUCUCUGCUUCUCACUAAUAGCAGUAGAUGUACUAGCACAUUUGAUGAUGGUGCUUUGUUGGACAGUCUAAAAUUAAGAGAACACAUGGAGCAUGUCGCUUCAGCUCGGGGUCUUGAAGGGGUGUCAGUGGAAUGUGCCAGUAUAUUGAACCUUGGUUUGGAUUCUUACAUGAAGUAUCUAAUAAGUUCCUGCAUUGAACUUGUGGGGGUUAGGUCAGAGGACAAGCUAACAAUGAACAAUAGGCACAAGCAUCAGGCUUAUAUGACGCUUGUUAAUGGUGUCAGACCAGGGCAUCAAUAUCAGAUGCAAGGUAGUGGUAGGCCUUUUGAAGUGCAAGAACAUAGAACAUGCUGCCCAAUUUCUUUGCAGGAUUUUAGGAUUGCCAUGGAGCUGAAUCCGCAGCAACUUGGUGAAAAUUGGCCCUUGCUAUUGGAGAAAAUAUGUACACAUUCAUUUGAAGAGUAG